UAGAGCUUAGGGAUGUUCUGUGGGACUUGAAAAUCAUCCUCAUCGGCACCCUCUGUCCCUCUGGGUCACAGCCACUACAGUAGGGCUGGAUUCAACUACGGCCGCCCCGGGGCACAGAAACAGCCCGCUCGUUGCCAGGGACUGCUCUGGCUGAGUCUCAGGAUCCCUUGCGUAGUCUCACGCAGGCUCCUCCCGCCCUCGCCUUCGGGUCUGGGUAACCCGCUCACCGGAAGAGGCGGGUCUGGGCGGCCCACGGCGCUGAUUGGCCAGGGCGCGCCUGACGCAGGCUCCCGCUAUAAGUGCGGCCCGCUGGCCACCUGCCCCAGACGUUCUCGCCCAGAGUCGCCGCGGUUUCCUGCUUCAACAGUGCUUGAACGGAACCCGGUGCUCGACCCCUCCGACCGCAGCCGGCCGCUCCGAGCCUGAGCCCUUUGCAACCUCGUCGCUCCGCCGCUCCAGCGUCGCCACCGCGCCUCGCCCCGCCGCCGCCGCCAUGACCACCGCGUCUCCCUCGCAAGUGCGCCAGAACUACCACCAGGACUCGGAGGCUGCCAUCAACCGCCAGAUCAACCUGGAGUUGUAUGCCUCCUACGUCUAUCUGUCUAUGUCUUGCUACUUCGACCGGGACGAUGUGGCUCUGAAGAACUUUGCCAAAUACUUUCUCCACCAAUCUCAUGAGGAGAGGGAACACGCCGAGAAACUGAUGAAGCUGCAGAACGAACGAGGUGGCCGGAUCUUCCUGCAGGAUAUCAAGAAACCAGACCGUGAUGACUGGGAGAAUGGGCUGAACGCAAUGGAGUGUGCACUGCACUUGGAAAAGAGUGUGAAUCAGUCACUACUGGAACUUCACAAACUGGCUACUGACAAAAAUGACCCCCAUUUAUGUGACUUCAUUGAGACACAUUACCUGAACGAGCAGGUGAAAUCCAUCAAAGAACUGGGUGACCACGUGACCAACUUGCGCAAGAUGGGCGCCCCUGAAUCUGGCAUGGCAGAGUAUCUCUUUGACAAGCACACCCUGGGACACAGUGAGAGCUAAGCUGAUUUCCCCAAAGCCAUGUGACCUCACUGGUCACUGAGGCAGUGCAUGCAUGUCUGCCUAUAUCUUUUCUAUAAGUCGCACCAAAACAUCUGCUUAAGUUCUUUAGUUUGUACCAUUUCUUCAAAUAAAGAAUUUUGGUACCCA